GGUGGAGGUGACAGUUCUCUGUGGGACUUAGGUCCAUCCCGAGGCCAGAGCCUUCCCCCAGGGCAGGGGCAAACGGCCCCUCUAGGAGGGAGCCGGAAGAUUAGGCAGCUCCAUGUAGGUCCAUGUUUAGGUGAAGAGAACCCACCAUGAGGAAGGGCAAAAGGAAGAAGCCGGAGUCCAGACGCCAUGGCUCCACCUCACAGCGGGCCAGCUCCGAAUCCAUGCCACAGAACGCCAGCUCCCAGUCCACGCCACAGAACGCCAGCUCCGAGUCCACCCCGCAGCAGCCCAGCCCCGGAUCCACCCCACAGCCCAGCCCCAGGUCCACCCCGAAGCCCAGCUCUGAAUCCACUCCCUGCCAGUCUGUGCCCCAGGCUCUCCCAGCUCCCGAAACCAACUCCUCCCCCCGGGGCCUGCUGCCUCAGGACACUAACACAAAAGCAUCCUCGCAACCCAGGAAAACAGGGGCUGUGACUCGUACGGGCCCGCGGGCCUACUGUUCCUGUUCCACUUGCCCUGGCAGCUCUGCUUGCUGGCGUCGCCUGGGCCUGUGUCACAGCCGCAUCUUUGAUGUCCUCCUUCCUCGGGUCUGGCCCACCAUGCCAGGGAGAGGAUCCCCAAGCCUCCUCACUUUCUACAGAAAACCUACAAGGAAACACUCCACUCACCGUAAUUCACGUGCUCCAAGCUCUCGGGACUGCUGCUGUGGCUCUGGGGGCCCUGGGAGCUGCCUAUUACACCAUUGAAUCCUUGUGAGCAAACCCCCAGGCCCGCGGUCCGGCAGAUCCAGUUUCCAUCAAGGAUCUCUCUUGUCACCAAAAUAGAACCCAAAAAAAAAAAGAA